GCUCUCCCCUGGUUACAAUAGAUGCUGACCUGGCAAAGGAACUUGCCGUUAGAGCCGGGCAGCUCCAUAUCUUUCUUCCUGCACAAACUUUCUCCACUGUUCACCUUGGUGGUUACAUACCAUCAGUGAAAAUCAAGAGUUGGUUAACGACGCGGCCAUGAUGUCGUUCAAAUUAGUGCUCGUUGUUUUAGGGUUUCUUGUGUGCUCCACGACACCCUCUUACGCAGAAUCGUCGACCUGUUUGAUGGUGUACAAAGAAGGCGGUGCACCCGCGGUGUUUCAAUCCCCAAAAUGCCCUCUCUGGAAGCUGCCGAAUCACGAUUCCGGUAAAAGUGCCGCCACCUCCACGACGGCCCGUUGCCAAUCGGCCAUGCUCCAGGGUCGAAGAAAGCACAUGGAGGAUCGCACUCUCUGCAUGCUCGAUCUCCACAUUCCCUUCCCAAGCAAAAUGGGGGUCAAGCAAGUUACAGUCGGAAUUGUGGCAGUUUUUGAUGGUCAUAAUGGUGCUGAAGCUAGUGAGAUGGCUUCAAAACUUUUACUGGAUUAUUUUGCUUUGCAUACAUAUUUCCUUUUGGAUGCAACAUUUUCUGUUAUAUUGAAGAGACCCUCUGGUAGAUUGCCAACUAUGGGAGAACGGGAUAUUGUUUUCCAAGUGCUUAAUUGGGAUGAAGAACUUGGAGGGCAUGAAUUGAACUUUGAGAGAUUUAAGUUUUCAGUCCCAGAAAAUCUUGAUGAUUCUUUCCACUUGGACAUAUUGAAGGAAGCUUUGUUGAGGGCAAUCCAUGACAUAGAUGCGGCAUUUUCCAAGGAAGCAUCUAGAAAGAACCUUGGUUCGGGUUCAACAGCGACUGUUAUACUGCUAGCAGAUGGUCAGAUUUUGGUUGCCAACAUUGGAGAUUCAAAAGCCAUUCUGUGUUCUGAAAAAUUUCUUUCUCCUGCUGAGGCUAAAGCAUCUUUAUUAGAAGUGUACAGGGAACAGAGGCGCAAUGGUGUUGUUUCACCUUUAAGAAAUUCCAACUUUAAAUUGACGGCAUCCAAUGGACUACUACAUUCUAUUGCCAAGGAACUAACUAGAGAUCAUCAUCCUGAUCGAGAUGAUGAAAGGUCUCGAGUAGAAGCUGCUGGUGGCUAUGUUGUUGAUUGGGGUGGUGUGCCACGUGUGAAUGGUCAGCUGGCGAUUUCCCGUGCUAUUGGUGAUGUAUUAUUUAAAAGUUAUGGUGUUACGGCUGCACCUGAGGUGACAGAUUGGCAAUCUCUGACUGCUAAUGAUAGUCAUCUGGUGGUUGGCUCUGAUGGCGUAUUUGAAAAGUUGAGCUUGCAGGAUGUUUGCAAUUUACUUUGGGAAGUAAAGGCUCACGGAACUAUGGGAUCAGGACUGUCUUCUUCAUGCUCACUUUCACUGGCUGAUUGCUUAGUCCAUACUGCCUUUGAAAAGGGCAGCAUGGACAAUAUGGCAGCUAUUGUGGUUCCAUUGGGAUCUGCUUAUCAUUCUCAAAGCUUGCUGACUGAGAGGCGUGGAAGAAAAGGUCAGAAGGAAUUCCCAUCUAAUGGACUACAAGAGUUCAUUUAUGAGCUAUCAGGGUGCAGGCUUAUUUAUUUUCUGUCUUGUUUAGGUAAUGGUAUUAUUACUGACCUACUGCAGUUGGAACAUACUCAUCCAAUCAGAACCAAGUUUAGGAGGUUAUUGGUUGAAGGAAAACGUGGCAGUUAUGGCUGUUUUCAUUUAUUUGAGAAGCUUGACAAUGAUGUGGAUGAUAUAAUUCAAACUCAAAAGGAAGAUCAGGAAGAUUAUGUGCUUGGCAUACGCCAUGCUUUACCUAAUGCCUUUGAACAACCCUGUGGUGGACCUCUAAAUGUGUACAGUGAUCGGUGUUUAUGCUUAAACUUUUGGAUGACUGUUGAUGGAGCUAAUGAUCAAUGUGUAAAUCCAGAGGGCUUUGCUGGUUUCCUUGGUUUGCUUGAAUCCAUACCCUUCCAUGAUACUAGUUCAAGUUAUGGGUCAGAAGAGUAUCCAAUGCCAGAUUCGAGGUAUGUACUAAAGAAAAGAUUUGGUCGUGGUUCUUAUGGUGAGGUAUGGUUGGCAUUCAGUUGGAAUUGCCAUCAUGGCAGUAAUGCUUCAAGCUGGAGUGAAGAAAACCAGAACACCAUUUUCAGUGGCAGUAGUUCAUGUAGUAAUACAUCUAGCCAUGAUAGUAAUGUUGGUUUUCCUGAUGGCAACUUGUUUAUUCUGAAACGCAUAAUGGUGGAGAGAGGGGCUUCUGUUUACUUAAGUGGUCUACGGGAGAAGUACUUUGGUGAAGUCUUCUUAAGUGCCUCUAGAAAUCUUGGAAGUUUUCCGUCAGCUGAAGUAUUGGAACCUUUCUUGGAGGAAUCACGAUCUUGUUUCAAUAACCUAUUAGAUAUGAAUCCAGAAUUAGGAAUCACUUGGAGUUCCGAAAAAAUUGGAUGGCACAAGGCUGCCUAUGAAGAAGGUUUGAACCAUAUUGCAAGAUAUGUAGAGUCAUUUGAAUCGCGAUCUAAUGAAAUAUGGCUAGUAUUUCAUUAUGAGGGCAUGUCACUAUCGAAGCUUAUGUAUACUGUGGAAGAAGCAGAAAAUAAUGCAACUGAAGAAAAGGUUGAAGAAGUAAAACAAGUUCAGGUAUUGCGUCCAUCAAAAUGGUGGCAUUGGUUGAAGACAACAGAAGAGGGACAUGAGGAAAUGCGCAAUCUUAUUCGACAGUUGUUGGUAGCACUGAAAUCCUGUCAUGAUCGCGAAAUCACCCACAGGGAUAUCAAACCUGAGAACAUGGUUAUAUGCUUUGAGGACCAGGAGACUGGGAGAUGCUUGAGAGGAAUUCCAAGUGGAGAUAAGAAUUUUACCACUAGAAUGCGCAUCAUUGACUUUGGAAGUGCAAUAGAUGGGUUUACAAUGAAGCAUUUAUAUGGAUCGACUGGACCUUCUAGUCUUUUCAGAUCCGAGCAAACUCAUGAUUAUAGUCCACCUGAAGCUCUUCUUAAUGCUAGUUGGUAUCAGGGGGCGACAAGCACUACUUUGAAAUAUGAUAUGUGGAGUGUGGGUGUUGUGAUCUUAGAGAUGAUCUUAGGGUCACCAAAUGUAUUUCAGAUAAGUGCCGUAACACGUACUCUGCUAGAUCAUCAUCUUGAGGGUUGGAAUGAAGACUUGAAGGAGCUUGCUUAUAAGCUUAGAUCAUUCAUGGAAUUGUGCAUCCUAAUCACUGGAAGUUCCUCAAAACAUCAUGGUGCAAUGAACCGAGGUGGCAUUUCACCUGCUUCCUGGAAAUGCUCUGAAGAGUUUUUCUCUCAUCAAAUAAGGAGUAGAGACCCUCUUAAGCUUGGAUUUCCAAAUGUUUGGGCUUUGCGGUUAGUGCGUGACCUGCUGCUCUGGGACCCUGAUGAUCGGUUAACUGUUGAUGAUGCUUUGAGGCAUCCAUAUUUCCAGCCUCGCAAAAGUUGACAGAAGUACACAGGGCAACCAUUUUUUUUCUGAAGUUACCAUUUUUCUUGGGAAGUACGUUUGUCACUAAUGGCUAAACAUGGAAGACAUGCAUUUAGUUAUGUUUGAUCCAAGAAAAUAGAAAGUUUGAUCCAUUUUGAAGAUCAAUGUGAUGAAAUAGAUGGAAGGUGGAUUUAACCUGAAGUUUCAGUUGCCAAGUUCCUUGCAACACAGAAUGCUUGUGUACCAGUGCCAUUAGAUCUAGUUGGAUGCUAUUGUGGCACCCAGUAAAGGAUCCUAUGUCAUUGCCGAAGUGAUGACCACAAGCCAGGGUCGGGCUCUCUCUCCAGAGACCGGGGACUCAGUUAUGUGCCGUGCAUAUCGCCGCCCGAAAACAAAAACAGAGGGCUGCGGACGAUGCGGGGUCUGAGGUAAUAAAAAAAAUUCUUCACCUCAGCCUUGAGGAAACGCGUGGUAUGCACACGCUUUGUGAUGGCCCCCUUUGGCACCAACAGUACGUACGGUUCGUUAACCCUGCCUUCUGCCUAGUCCCUUGGGCAAAGCACUAACAGUGCGAUUGGGCUCAAUCCAAUCGCCCCUGGGGGACAAUUCUACCCCCGUUAUUUAUUUGAAUUAUCCUAUUUGGCCCCUCUAAACUUUAGCUACAAUAGUUUGAUGUGCAUCCAGCCGUAACUGGUUAUUACUAUAUUUAAUAUCAUCGUUAUUGGCAGAUUCUAGUCUCUAUGUUAAACCGAAUUUAGAGAAAUCCAAUCCAUGUUGCUUUUGUUUCUUAUAAAAACCUUUUAGCUAUUUGUAAUAUUUGUUUGUUUGUACGGUUUCCUUCUUAUGAUGGAAGAUAAACGCUGCAUUGUCUAAAUUAUGUUGCUUGAUUUUGGUAUUUGGUAUUUUAUAAAGUUGUUAUAAAGUAAAAAUAAGUGAAAUGUAAAAAA